AUGGUAGAUGCUGCCCUUCACUCUCCCACGUAUUUUUUCCUUAAGAACUUUUCCUUCCUGGAGGUUAGCUAUACCACAUCCACCAUCCCCAAGACGCUAGUGAACUUUCUCACAAAGAGGAAGAACAUAUCCUUUCUGGGCUGCGCCACACAGAUGUAUGCUUUCUCCCUCCUCGGGAUCACAGAAUGCUGUUUGCUGGCUGCCAUGGCCUACGACCGCUAUGUGGCCAUAUGCCAGCCUCUGCACUACACGACCACGAUGAGAUGGAACAUGUGCUUCUUGCUUUCAGCUGUGCCUUGGCUUACUGGGGUCUUGGUGGCCUUAGUGCAGACAACUUUCAUCUUUACCCUUCCAUGCUGUGGUCCCAAUGGGAUCAAUCACUUCUUCUGUGACUUGCUGCCUCUGCUUAAGUUGGCUUGUGGGGCCACCUGCAAAAAUGAAAUCACCACCUACAUAAUAGCUGUCCUUUUCAUCAUAGUCCUCUUCUUAUUCAUACUUGUGUCGUAUAUCCAGAUUCUCCACACCAUCUUCAAGAUACCAUCAGUGAAGGGCAAGGGAAAAGCAUUCUCUACCUGCUUUUCUCACCUAGUCGUGGUCACUCUGUUUUAGGGACCUGGCAUUGUGACCUACUUGAGACUCAAAGCUUCUUAUUCAAGCAGCAG